AUGGAUCGCGCCCCAACGGUGUGCCGAGGUAGAGCUCAGAAAUUCUUGGCCAUCUUCAUCAAAGAAAUACUUGAUCACGAAGACCAUGGACUCAAGGCUCCACUGCGGCCAACCUCCGAAGCCAGUUUUCCCGUAUGGAAGCAGCAGCGUCAUUGCCAGGGCACGGGCGACACGCGCCGUUCUCACGAGCAGGCAGAAGAGGACGCCAUGGGACGCUGCCUCCGUGAACGACUGCUCCUCUUGCUGGUCGCGGCCACCCACAAGCCCCACAACGUCUCGGCGAAACGAGCCGGCGAACGACGGUCUGAUCUGGCGGUCAGCUGGCUGCAUCCUCCGGCGGAGUUCGUGGUUCCGUGCACGGUCCGCGAGCGAGGCUUCGACGGUGACCAGCAGGCGGCCGUCGUCAAGGCGCACAACGAGUACCGCAGCCUCGUCGCCAAAGGAGAGCUGCCAGACUUCGAACCCGCGGCAGACAUGUGCGAGACCACGUGGGACCCAGACCUGGCGGAAGUGGCGCAGUCGUACGUGGAACAGUGCGCGCCUCAGAAGGAAGUCCUGCAGGCACGUGACUUCAUCGAGCAGGGCCAGAACCUGUGCCUCCAGACGCUGCCGGGCACCGCCAACGACACGGGAUUCGAGGCCUGCGUCGCCGCCUGGUUCAGCGAGCAUGCCGGCUGCUCUAAAAGAAUCAUCGAGUCGUACAGAAACACCAGUGGCCGAGAUGAAGCCUCCUGCGAACAUUUCACCCAGCUCGUCUGGUCCCGGAGUCAGUACGUCGGCUGCGGCUUCGCACUCGUCGAGUCCAGCGACGGCGUCACGCGCAACCUGUACGCGUGCAACUACGACGAGCCGGGCAAUCAUCCGGGCACGGCCGUCUACGUGCCGGGUCCCGCGUGCUCGUCCUGCCCCAGGUACACGACCUGCGUCGCCGAGCUGGGCUUGUGCCGCGCCGACCAUCUGACCCCCGACAAGCCAGCCGAGGACACGGGUCCUACCAAAGGCCCCAAGAGUGGCCACGGUGACGUCACCAUCUCGUCCCGCCAGUCUUUGACGUUAAUGGUAUCUUCGUCUGUGCUAGCGUUCCUGGUGGGCUCGGCAGUACUGCCGUGA